AUGGAGGACGACGACGACGCUUUCUUGUACGGCGACGAGCCAGCCGCUCCUCCUGCUGCUCCCAAGCCAGACGACGGUGCGACAGCAGCACCAAAUGCUCCCCUAGAUUCCGCAACUGUCAAGCAAGCAGCACCAGACGCAUCAGCUGCUGCCGACAAUAACGACGACGAUGAAGAGGAGGAAGACGACGACGAGGAAGAAGACGAUAGCGACUCGGACAUCGAGUUCAUUAUCGAUGCAACCCAAGACGCUCAGCAGCCGACUGCGCGACCCGGCUUCCAACGACCUGGCGCACCGCCAGCACGACUGCUCCCGAAUCAAAGCACACCUCAACGACCUCAAUCCACCCUCACAUCCGAAUACACCCCGCUCUCUCGGUCGCAGCUACUUGCAAAUGCCAGUCCGGCUUCGACGUCGAUCGGACCUGGCGGAGCUCUUGACCCGGCCGCCGCUGCCGCCGCAGCAGCAGCAGGUGGUCUGCAGCCUCCCGGUGCCCCUCCCGCCAAGCCACAGACAGCGCUCGACGGUACAGGCCCAGAAGGCGGUCCCCCCGCCGUUCCUUCCACAGCGCCCAAACUCGACCUCUCCCCCGGUCCAGAAGACCGCACCUUCCCCAAACCAGAAGACGUCGUCGAAGAGGAGGAAGCCGCCUCACGGGACAUCUUCGAUAUCGACCUCGAAUCGCUCCCCGAGAAGCCCUGGAGACGCUACGGCGCCGAUCUCACCGACUACUUCAACUAUGGCUUCAACGAAGACUCCUGGUCUCUCUGGCGAAGCAAGAAGGACCGCAUGACCGAUGCCAGGAAGAACGCGGAGAACAUGUUCGGCGGGAACAACGGAGAUAUGAUGGGCAACAUGCAGCAGAUGAUGUCCAUGAUGCCGCCUCCGCAGGCGAUGCAAGCGAUGAUGGCGCAGAAUGGAGGGAUGCCGCCAAUGCCUCCAGAUCAGAUGAUGGCCAUGAUGGCCAGCAUGGGUAUGCCCCCGAUGCCUGGAAUGGGCAAUAUGCCGCCUAUGGGUGGUCCGGGUGGAAUGAACCAGAUGAUGAUGCCUGGUAUGUUUGGCGGCCCGCAGCAGUCCAACGGUGGUCCUGGUCCCUCCUCGCACGACCAGCACAACCAACACCAGCAACAACAGCAACGAUUCAGCAACUCGCCCUUCCCGCAAGGCCCGAAUCAAAAUCGCCAUGAAGGCCAGAACUCUCCUUUCCCGCCCGCGCAGGACCGAGAGGACAAACAAAACGACACAUCCGAUAAGCCCGACCCCGCCAGCGGCUGGGACGCCCCUCCCUCCAUCAAAGAAGAAGACGCUCCACCCGGCGUACCACCGAUGAAGCCGCUCUCCGAAGCAGACAUGACGGCCUUCCUCGGCGCUUCCGGCAUUGACCCCUCCGCCGCUGCCGCCGCUGGCUUCCCCAACCCUUCCGCGCCGCGCUCGAAACCCAACCCUCCCAAAUCUGCCCCGCUCGGACCAGCAGCAGUAACAAAAGGCACAUCUAUCCGAGGUCGAGCAGCCGCCGUGGCAGCAACAUCGUCUCGUCCCGGUCGAGCUGUCUCCCCCACCCUGCCACCCAACGUCCCCUCCGGCCCCAAGAACCCGGGCAAGCGAUACAACGAUCGGGACACGGGCACUGGGGCCGCUGACUCGCUUGACUACGGUGCCAAUGCCGGCAACACCGGUGGUGGGGACGAGUAUGCGCACGAUUGGGAUAGCCGUGAUCGCAGUCCCGAUCGGGGCCCUCGACGCACCGGUGGAAGGAGUCGACGUGAGGGCACGUACGAUUCUGCCAACGGGAACGGAGGCGAUGACCGACGUGGGACUUCGGGCCGAUCGAAGAGGACAGAGGAGUGGGACGACGAUGCUGCUUCGCAGUCCUCUGCUGGUGGACGGAGGAGGGGGAAGUCGACGACCAGCUCGCGGGAUCACAGGCGCGAAAAGUCGUCCACGUCUCACCGCAGCGAUCGGGAACGGGAAAGGGAGAGGGAGAAGGAGCGCGAGCGCGAGCGGGAGGCGAGGAGCCAAGCGAGAAGCGAGAGGAGGGCAGGAAGGGAUGUCGAGGAUGCGGCGAUCCCGACAGGACCCGCAGCGGGCAAAGGAGGCAGCAGGAAGAGAGCUGCUCCGGACGAGAGGGAAGAUGAUGACGCAGGGAAGAGCGGGAGUCGAGGAAAGGGCGGAUCGAGGAAGAAGCGUUGA